UGGGACACAGUUGCUGCAUAGUUGCCAAAACCGCAGAGAGAGAGAGAGAGAGAGAGAGAGAGAGAGAUGGGGAACAGAGAGAAAUCUAAGGAACGAAGAGAAAAGCGAUUGCAAGAGAUACGGCUUCAGAUGACCAUUCCCUAUUCUGAUCACCAGAGGUGGUGGUCCAAGGAAACAGUUGCCGUGGUUACUGGUGGAAACAGAGGAAUUGGGUUUGAGAUUUGUAGACAACUUGCUGCUCAUGGAUUGACUGUUAUACUAACAUCAAGAGAUUCUAGUGCUGGUGUUGAAUCACUUAAGAUUUUUCAAGAAAGUGGUCUCAACGUGAUUUAUCAUCAACUUGACAUAGUAGACCAUUCAUCCAUCAACCAGUUUGUUGAGUGGUUGCAGAAAAAUUAUGGUGGUUUGGAUAUUCUGGUAAACAAUGCUGGUGUUAAUUUUAAUCUUGGAUCUGAGAAUUCAGUUGAAAAUGCUUAUAAGGUUAUUAAAACAAAUUAUUAUGGCACCAAGAGUAUGAUUGAAGCUAUUAUUCCAUUGAUGAAGCCAUCCCUCAUUGGUGCUCGCAUUGUAAAUGUAAGCUCACGUCUAGGUCGACUAAAUGGAAGACGGAAUAGAAUCAGCAAUGUAGCCUUGAGGGAACAACUGGGUGAUGUUGAAUCCCUUUCACUGGAACUUAUUGAUCGGACACUGUCUAGUUUUCUACAACAAGUUGAGGAUGGAACUUGGACAUCUGGUGGAUGGCCUCAAGUAUACACAGACUACUCAGUGUCCAAACUUGCAGUUAAUGCUUAUACAAGGCUUAUGGCAAGGGAGCUUUAUGAGCGACCAGAAGGUCAGAAGAUUUAUAUAAACUGUUAUUGCCCAGGUUGGGUGAAAACAGCUCUUACAGGUUAUGCAGGGAAUAAUACUGUUGAGGAAGGGGCUGAUACUGGAGUAUGGCUUGCCCUUCUGACUGAUCAAACAAUCAUAGGAAAGUUUUUUGCUGAGAGAAGAGAAAUUAAAUUUUAGGUUGGUAACUGUUGGAAUUAGAAAAAGUGUUUAAUUUUGAUAUAAUUUUUAGGAUAAAACUUAGGUGCGAUAAUACUACAGGUAUUUUUGGUGUUGUUUUCCAAUUAAAAUUGGAAUUUUAGUUCAAUAAUGUGUGAUGACUUUUUAUGCUAACCUUUAUUACAUGAAUUACUGAUGUGAAACUCCAAUUUUAAUUGGAAAACAAUACCAAAAACACCUAUGGGUACUACACCUUAGUUUUGUCUUAAUUUUUACUGUCAAUCACUUAGAUAUCACCUUAAAGUAAUUUUAAUUAUUACUGACUUUUGCAAAAUUCAAAGAAAAAAAUGAGAUUUUGUUUGGUGCAGUAGUUUGCUAGCAUGUUGAAUUUCCUUAUAUAUCAUGUAAUUUUGAG